GCGGUUCCGGCGAGACUGGCAACUUGCUUCCUUUUGCAGAGCGGCCGCUCCCCUCUCGGUCCAGCUGCGACGCUGGGAAAGCGCCAGACUUGGUCUGUCACAGGAGCCCCCGCGAGGCGUGGCGAGGGAGAGCUGGCAGCGGCUGCGAGGGACUCUCGAUCCUUGACUGGAGAGCCAGGAAGAGGGCGAGGGCAGAGCAUCCUCGGGAGGAGAUGCCUUUAAAAAAUCAUCCACAGCAGCGGUAGAAACAGUUUUGUUUGGCUUUAUUUAUACAGAGUGGUUUUUCAGUGAAAUGCUGUCUUGCUUAAAAGAAGAGAUGCCCCCCCAGGAGCUCACCCGGCGACUGGCCACAGUGAUCACUCAUGUCGAUGAAAUUAUGCAGCAGGAAGUCAGGCCCUUGAUGGCGGUGGAGAUAAUAGAACAACUUCACAGACAAUUUGCCAUUCUUUCAGGAGGCCGAGGGGAGGAUGGCGCCCCCAUCAUCACGUUCCCAGAGUUUUCGGGGUUCAAACACAUCCCAGAUGAAGACUUCCUGAAUGUCAUGACCUACCUGACUAGCAUCCCCAGUGUGGAGGCUGCCAGCAUUGGAUUCGUUGUUGUUAUCGACAGACGAAGAGACAAGUGGAGCUCUGUAAAGGCGUCCUUGACACGAAUAGCCGUGGCAUUUCCAGGAAACUUACAGCUUAUAUUCAUCCUUCGUCCAUCUCGCUUUAUCCAGAGGACGUUUACUGACAUUGGCAUUAAAUACUAUCGAAAUGAAUUGAAAAAGAAAGUGCCGAUUAUCAUGGUAAACUCUGUCUCUGACCUUCAUGGCUACAUCGACAAAAGCCAACUGACCCGGGAAUUAGGGGGGACUUUGGAAUAUCGCCACGGACAGUGGGUAAAUCACCGCACUGCCAUCGAAAACUUUGCCUUGACCUUGAAGACCACUGCCCAGAUGCUGCAGACAUUUGGGGCCUGCCUGGCCACAACAGAGCUGCCCAGAAGCAUGCUAUCCACCGAAGACCUUCUCAUGUCCCACACAAGGCAGCGGGACAAGCUGCAGGAUGAGCUGAAAUUACUUGGAAAGCAGGGGGCCACAUUGCUGUCAUGCAUCCAAGAACCAGCCACCAAAUGUCUCAACAGCACACUCAAUCUCAAUCAACUUGAGAAUGUAACUACCAUGGAAAGGUUAUUAAUUCAACUGGAUGAAACAGAAAAAGCCUUUAGUCAGUUUUGGUCCAGUCAUCAUUUGAAGCUUAACCAGUGCCUACAACUGCAGCAUUUUGAGCACGAUUUUUGUAAGGCUAAGCUUACCCUGGAUAAUUUGCUGGAAGAACAAGCAGAGUUUACAGGCAUUGGAGACAGCGUGAUGCAUGUGGAGCAGCUUCUUAAGGAACACAAAAAACUGGAGGAAAAAAGCCAGGAGCCCCUGGAAAAGGCCCAGCUGCUGGCACUGGUUGGGGACCAGCUCAUCCAAAGCCACCAUUACGCAGCAGACACCAUCAGGCCCCGGUGUGUGGAGCUCAGGCACCUCUGUGACGAUUUCAUCAAUGGAAACAAGAAAAAAUGGGACAUUUUAGGAAAGUCCUUAGAGUUUCAUAGACAGCUGGACAAGGUCAGCCAAUGGUGUGAGGCAGGAAUCUACCUCUUGGCUUCCCAAGCUGUAGACAAGUGCCAGUCUCGAGAGGGGGUAGACAUCGCCUUGAAUGACAUUGCAACAUUCCUGGGCACAGCCAAGGAGUACCCAUUGCUCAGCCCUAAGGAGUUUUACAAUGAGUUUGAGUUGCUGCUCACCCUCGAUGCAAAGGCCAAAGCUCAGAAAGUUUUGCAGAGGCUGGAUGAUGUCCAGGAAAUAUUUCACAAGAGGCAAGUGAGUCUGAUGAAACUGGCAGCCAAACAGACUCGUCCAGUGCAACCUGUGGCCCCACAUCCUGAGUCUUCACCAAAAUGGGUGUCAUCGAAAACCAGCCAGCCCUCUACCUCGGUCCCUCUAGCUCCUCCUCUGAGAACAUCUGAGGAACCUUAUACAGAGACAGAGUUGAACUCCCGGAGAAAGGAAGACGAUGAGACUAAAUUUGAAGUCAAGAAUGAAGAAAUCUUUGCAAGCCGUCAUGAAAGGGGGAACCCUGAGCUGGAGCAGCAGGCCAGGCUCGGAGACCUUUCUCCCCGCAGGCGCAUUAUACAUGACUUGCUUGAGACUGAAGAGAUUUAUAUAAAAGAGAUUAAAAGCAUAAUUGAUGGAUAUAUCACUCCAAUGGAUUUUAUCUGGCUAAAGCAUCUAAUUCCAGAUGUUCUUCAGAAUAACAAGGACUUUCUCUUUGGGAAUAUUAGCGAACUUUACGAAUUUCACAACAGGACUUUUCUAAAAGAGUUGGAAAAGUGUGCUGAGAACCCUGAACUUCUGGCACAUUGCUUUCUCAAGAGAAAAGAAGAUCUUCAGAUAUAUUUUAAAUACCAUAAGAAUCUGCCCCGAGCUAGGGCAAUCUGGCAAGAGUGUCAAGACUGCGCCUACUUUGGGGUAUGCCAGCGCCAACUGGAUCACAAUCUCCCUCUUUUUAAGUAUCUUAAAGGACCAAGCCAGAGACUUAUAAAAUACCAGAUGCUGUUGAAGAGUCUGCUGGAUUUCGAGUCUCCUGAAGAUAUGGAGCUAGACCCAGGUGAACUAGGAGGCUCGGCUAAGGAUGGGCCAAAGAGAACCAAGGCUUCAGCAUUCUCAGCUGAACUACAACAAGCUUUGGCAGUGAUAGAGGAUUUGAUCAAGUCCUGUGAGUUGGCUGUGGACCUAGCAGCAGUGACUGAAUGUCCGGAUGAUAUUGGAAAACUAGGCAAGCUGUUGCUGCACGGCCCUUUCAGCGUCUGGACAAUUCACAAGGAUCGUUAUAAAAUGAAGGAUUUGAUUCGAUUUAAGCCCAGCCAGAGGCAAAUCUACCUAUUUGAAAGGGGAAUAGUGUUCUGUAAGAUACGAAUGGAGCCUGGGGACCAGGGAUUGUCUCCUCAUUACAGCUUCAAGAAGGCCAUGAAGUUGACGACACUUUCAAUUCGCCAGCUUGGAAGGGGGAGCCAUAGAAAGUUUGAAAUUGCCAGUCGAAAUGGACUUGAGAAAUACAUCCUGCAGGCAGCUUCAAAAGAAAUCAGAGACUGUUGGUUUUCAGAAAUAAGUAAAUUAUUGAUGGAACAACAAAAUAAUAUUACAGACCAAGGAAAUCCACAGUGUGAAAUGAGCACAAGCAAAGGCAAUGGAGCGGGAUGCGGACCAUGGAUUGAAAACAUGGAAAGAGCUACCACUAGCAAAGAAGACCCAGCCUCCAGCCCAGGAGGGAUUAAAGGCUGCUCCAGCAGGGAGUUUAGCUCCAUGGACACCUUUGAAGACUGUGAAGGUGCAGAAGACAUGCAAAAGGAGAGCAGCGCUCUGAGUCUCGCAGGCCUUUUCCAGUCGGACGACAGUCACGAAACCUGUUCUUCCAAAUCUGCUUUCCUGGAGAGGGGAGAAAGCACCCAGGGAGAAAAAGAAGAACGCGAUGAGGAGGAAACGGCGACCCGCAGCACCGAGGAGGAGCGCGCUGGGGCGUCCACGGGCCGGCUGGCUCCUGCGGGGGCGACGGCUGGUUUCCAGGCGCGGGCACGAAGCCCGAGGACCUCCGCCCCGGAGAGCUGA